UCUUGCUCCAGACGCAGACAAACAAGGGAAAGUGAGAAGCAAAAGGAGUAUCAAGUUUCAGAUACUGAACAGCCACUAAGAGCUGAGAACCAUGCCGCACACCAGUCUCUGCAGCUGCCUGGAGUACAUGCUGCUUGUGCUCUGUAUCCUGAAGGCUGCAGUUGGCUUCCCCAACUCCUCUCCACUGCUGAAUCCCAGCUGGCGGAAUGGAGAUCAGCUGAUGCACUUGUACACUUCUACAGAGAGGAACAGCUUCCAUCUCCAAAUCAAUGCUGAUGGCCACAUCAGUGGUGUUCCUUACCAAACCAUUUACAGUGCUCUAAUGAUCAAGUCUGAGGGUGCUGGCUGUGUUAUAAUCACAGGCGUGAAGAGUGGACGCUACCUAUGCAUGGACAUGAAAGGAGACAUUUUUGGAUCGCAUUAUUUCAGCCAAGAGGACUGCGUGUUCAACCAAAGAACACUGGAAAAUGGAUAUGAUGUGUAUCAAUCUCCCAAGCACCACUUUCUGGUUAGCUUAGGCAGAAGUAAGCAAGUUUUCAUCCCUGGUAUGAAUCCACCACCGUACUCCCAGUUUUUGUCCAGGAGAAACGAAAUCCCUUUGUUUCGAUUCAACACACCUGAACCCCACAGAAACACUAGGAGUGCAGAUAUUGAUCCAAUGGAUCCUCACCAGAUCCUGGUCCCACAGAGAAAGGUCUCUGCAUUAGAGUCUCAGCUGCAAUUGCAAAUGGACUUUUCCCAUGUGCCCAGAGAACCCAUGAGAGUCAAUCAGAACGAUGUGGUCAACCCAGAUGACCCACACGCUAUGAUGGAUGCCAGGAGAUAUGCUAGUCCUCGCUUUUACAUUACAAGAUAAUGGCAACCACUUGCAAAUUGAUGACAUGAAUGAAUAUAACAGACAGAAGUGUCUAAAACACUCAAUCUGAUUUCUACCCCUCAGGGUGGGCUGCUAGAAACCCGAAGAACAUUGGAAAAAAAAAAUUAUUUCAAAUUUUGUCCUUAUGCAUGAUGGUUUACUGAAAAAGGAUGUUGCACUCUGUUUUACUGAAAAGACAAUCCAUUUUCAAAAUGUAUAAUAGAAACUAAAUAUUUUAAGGUCUGAAAUACCCUUAGUAUGCCUAAGUGAAAAACAGAAUUCACUUGAAUGUAAUGAUGAACUAGUGUUAUGUUACUGAUGUGUCUGGAAGAAGACUUGAGCCCUCUAGGAUUAGAAACUCCAGCAGAGGCAGAGACUCACUUGCAAGCACAGCAGACUAACUGACCAACAGUGUGUUAUAUCAUCACAUAAAACUUGCUAUAUAUAUUCUUAAGUGUUGAGAUUGGAGCUUCGGUCUCUUUUCGUGCCCAUAGGAGUCAGAAAGUGACCACUCUGGUGACAAAAAAAGCAUAAGGAAAACUGGAGUAGCUGACAGGGAUCAAAUGGCCUUGUGUAGAGUCAUUUCUGACACCUAUUGAAUCCAGGCUGAGGUUUGAAAAAUGAGUAUUUGAGUCUCACCGUUCUCUCAAGUUCUCUGUCACAUCUCUCUAUUCACUUAAUUAUAGCAACACAAUAUGGAAAUGCAAUAUAGAAACAUUCAUUAGUUUUGCAUGUUUCUAACCCAGAGGGAAGUAUCAGGAUCAGUAUAUGCCAAAUAGGCUAGUUUAUUUUGCCCAGUGCUCUCCAAGAAAAAAAAUCCCCUUGGAUUAUGCCUCAUAGGCGAAUUAUUAACAGUUAAUGCAGACUCACAUCUAAUGAGUAAAAAAUUAAGCAUGUAUUUAGAAAAGGAGCAUCUAAGUUUGACAUCAAAAUUUUUAUCUAAUUCUAAGCAGACAUCAGAUGCUUUAUAUCUGUAAGAGUGAAAUGACUUCAAUAUUAUCAGAUUUCUAAAUGUUGACAAAAUCUAGGCAUCUAGAUUGAGAUUUGUCAUGGGUAACUUAGUUACCAAAAUGUAAAUUCCAUGUAUAUAUUUGAAGUUUACCAAUCUUUAAGUAAGAUAAGAUAUUUGCAGAGUUGAGUUUUCUUUCUAAUUUAGGUGAAAAAUGGUUAAAUUUAGUAGAGCUUCACUGGUUUUAAUGGAGCUACAUAGAAAAUUCUGAAUAUUGUAUACAUAUUUAGCACUUCUUCUCCUUUAUCUCAUCUGCUUGUAGUCAUAUAUUCCUGGAAUUUUAAACAUAUGUGAUUCUGAAAAAGUGCUUGAUAUACUUCAGCAGAAAUCAAUAGCAUUAGAAAUCAACAGAUAGAGAAAAUUCCAGCAUGGCAGAUAUGUGAAAAUAUCUUUGUGUUUUUUGUGUGUGUGCACUUUCUUCCAUUUUAUUUAAUAGCAUAUUUAACAGCCUGACACCAGUCUGAAAAUGAUGUGUUUCAUCCAGCUUUUUUCAUAGAAGUAGCACAUCAUAAGAUGUCAGGCUAGAUUCUAGUCUUUCUCUUCCUACUAUUUAGUGAAGUAAUUCACUGAAGCCACUGAAGUCAGAAUCGUGUUACAAUAUCAAAAGUAAGGCCCUCUGUUUGUUUUCAUGGAAAUUGCUGAAUAUUCACUGCAGAGUCUGUCCUGCUGACAGCAUUUUAAAUAAUCUACACAAACAUAUAUAAAUAUACACACAUAAAAUAUCUUUUCAUCUACAACCUCCAAGUAGUUACGUUAGAAUAACCACACUAUCUCAUUCUGCUGUAAUGAAGGUUUUGCCAGAUAAUGUGGUUCUUAAUUCAUACAGGAUUAGGAUUGGAUCAAGUGUUAUGUCUCACAAAUUAUUUAUUACUAUCAUGUUUAUAAUUAGUUUUUAAAGGAAAGAAGUUAUUCUAAUGGAUUGGGGAAUUGCAGGUCAGGGAGAUAGCUAUGUGUUUUCUUGCUUAUUCAAAAUACCACAAGAAUUUUUACCUUGCUGCCUGUACAGUGGGAACACAUGAUUUUAUGUUCUAUUUAAUAAUUUUAUUUAAUUCCUUUACCAUUGUUGGCUUUCUCUCCUUGAGAACUUUUUACUGCAGUUACAGAAGUAGAAUUUUUUUCUGUGCUCCACAGAGUUCUCUAGGACACAAAGUCAACAGACCUACGGAAGUUUGAAUCAUGAAAAGUUCUGUCUCAACCCAUAUUAAGCUUUGAUGACAAAAUCUCUAAGGUUAAAACUCUAUAAUAUCUCUAUCAGUGCAUAAGAAGACAAAAAGUGUUGCUCAGAGAUUUAAUCCUUGUGUGUUGAAUGAAUGCACAGUAAAUUUUGCAUCAAAAACACGUUUCCAACUAUAAAGAACUUUAUCAAAAGUGUCAGGAGAAUUAUUUCUUCAAUGGAGAUGCUGGCCAUCACCAGCUAGUUAGAAAGCACUACAUUUUAAAUAUUGCAAUAUUUAUUUAUUUAUUUGAGUGGGUCUUAUGUCCUACAGAAUAUUUAUAAAUAUUUAUAACAAUGAAUUGUGCUGACUAUUAUAGUGACUAUUAAAAUAAAAGAACCAAUAAAUAUUUCUUUCUCUAGAAAUGGUCGAUUUUAU